UACGGGUUUAAUGCAACUUGUGGUGAAACUCUAACCAUAUAUAUAGAUACAUAUCCUACAUAGAUACAUAUAGAUCCCUCAAGCCACUUAGAUCUAUAUCUCCUCAAAAUUCAAGAUUAAGAAACCCAAAAAAAAAACUCAAAAUGGGCUCUCCAAAAUCAAAUCUAUUUUGCACCCUCAUUGUGUUCCUCUCAAUCCAAACCAAACAAGUGCUGUGCAGCAGCUACCAAGUUGGAGGCUUAGAUGCUUGGGGCAUUCCCACCUCCUCCAACCCAAAAGUUUACACCAACUGGGCUACCAAGUUCCAUGGCCUCAACAUUGGAGAUUCUCUCUUUUUCUUGUACCCUCCCAGCCAAGAUUCCGUGAUCCAAGUGAGAAAGGAAUCUUACGACAGCUGCAACCUCACAGAUCCGAUCUCGUACAUGAACAAUGGCAACUCCCUUUUCAAUAUUACCCAAGCCGGCAAUUUCUACUUCACCAGCGCCGCCGAUGGCCACUGCGCCAAAUCUCAGAAGCUUCACAUUUUUGUCUCUGGGAAUGGAUCUUUCGUCGACGAAGACGAGCCGGCUUCCGCACCGGCCGCCUCCGCCCCCUCCUAUCCCACGGUUUUCGGCGCCAUUCCGGUCCAGGCCGCUUCGGCCUCGCCGUUGCUUCAGAUUCCGGUUUUCAUGGCUGCCAUUUUGUUGCCGGGGCUUGUGCUUGUGAUAUAGAAGCCAUAUAACUUUUGAUAUUAUCCUUCUUGUUUUGUUGAUAAUUCAUUUUUUUUGGCAAUGUGAUUUCGAAAAUGGUUUUUAAGGGUUGAGAAAUGUGUCGGCACCACAUUUUUUGUGCAUGUGUGAUUCUAUAUUGGUUAAAUUUUUGGUGUAUUCCUUCAAAAAAAAAAAAAAUGGUGUAUGUGUAAUUCUAUAUUCCUUAAACGAAAUGGAUAAUUUUUUUAUAUUA